GAGCGCAGCUUCGAGUGCCAGAUGUGCGGCAAAGCCUUCAAGCGCUCGUCCACCCUGUCCACCCACCUGCUCAUCCACUCGGACACGCGGCCCUACCCCUGCCAGUUCUGCGGCAAGCGCUUCCACCAGAAGUCGGACAUGAAGAAGCACACCUACAUCCACACGGGUGAGAAGCCACACAAGUGCCAGGUGUGCGGAAAGGCCUUCAGCCAGAGCUCCAACCUCAUCACCCACAGCCGGAAGCACACGGGCUUCAAGCCCUUCAGCUGCGAGCUCUGCGCCAAGGGCUUCCAGCGCAAGGUGGACCUGCGGCGGCACCGCGAGAGCCAGCACAACCUCAAGUGA